UGUUAGUCUGUCAAUUAGAGGACAUUGGUUAAACACCUCAUUUAGUGCUUUUUCUGAAACUGCAGUCAAGUUGUGAGUUGCUUACAGUGGUGCUGGCUUGUUGUUUCAUUUCGCAAUACUCGAUUCUUGUAACCGCAUCCUACAUCCCCCCAAUUUACAGCUUUCAACAAACGUCGGGACGUGAAUCCAAGGGCAAGAGCAUUCAACCACUGCGACGCCAGUAUCUCAUUUCAUUCCAGAUAAUUACCGAACUGGUCAUUCCCCUGGUCAUCUUGCCGCUGAUUGAUGGUUGGCGCGGCCUGUGGUUGCCUGUAGAAGCUCAGCAACACCCAGCUUCUUACAAAUAAUCCCACCCUCCUUCCGCAACUUACAAACACUUAAUCGACCCAACAUCAGCUGCAGACACAAUGGACGUUGACCAGUCCAAGUUCGCUAUCCAUGCCGCCGCAAGGGAGGGCAAAGUCACUGUAGUCGAGUCCCUGUUGAACGCAGACCCAAAAUUAGCCCGCUGCAAGGAUGAGGAUGGCCGCCUUCCCAUCCACUGGGCUUGCUCAUCCAACAAGACAGACAUAGCCCUUCUGCUGGCGAAUCAGAAGGGUUUUGAUCCAGAUGUCGAGGACGACAGCGGAUGGACACCUCUCAUGAUCGCAGUAAGCGUCAAGAAUUGCGAGAAGCUCGUCGACCUGCUCCUGAAGAAAGGAGCAGACGUGAACCAAACCAACAACAAUGGCCAGGUAGGCUAGCCUGCCUUCUCCCUCCCUACUAAUCCAAGGCUCAGAUGAAGAAUAGUCCGCCCUCCACUUCGUAGCC